CGACCUGCAGAGGAAAAGCGGAUCGAAGAGGAACAGUCCUCAAAAAUCCUUCCAAAAAGACGAAAGAACAAGAGCAAAAGUUUCCACCUGUAACUCUGACUUCUACCUGUCAUCUCAAAAUGGUCGUGAUGCUGAAGCCGUGGACGGUGCUGAUGGCCGCUGUGCUGUGUGUGCUGGUCUGUUUGGGAGCGCUGGCAGAUGCCUACCCCCCGAAACCAGAAAACCCCGGCGAGGACGCGCCGCCCGAAGAGCUGGCCAAGUACUACACAGCCCUGAGACACUACAUCAACCUGAUCACCAGGCAGAGAUAUGGAAAGCGCUCAGCUCAGGAGGACGUGGUGGCCGAGUUGCUGUUUGGCGGUGACAGCAACAGAGACCAGAGAUCAAGAUAUGAUGAAGCAUACAUGUGGUGACUCCACCAUCCUCCUACCUCCUCAGCAGGCAUUCCCUUUGGGUGCAUCCCUUAUUGCACCUGGAGGGGCCAACAUGUGCCUCUCAUCCCACCUGAAUCCAACUAAAUGACCAUCACCAACUGGAAAACACACCCCCUUAAAGUCUCUCACCAUGUUUUACAUCUAUGUCAUCACAACACCGCUGUACAUAAUUUAUUAAUUGAAUUAAAUACAUGUGUAAAAUCAGAGCAACUAAUCAUAAAGUGAAACUUUGUGUGUAUGCGUGUGUUCGAGCAUAAAGUUCUUGGUGUCUAUCACUGUUUAGAGGAGAAAAUAGUUGUUUCACUGUUGCUUGUGCAAAAAAUAGCAUCAGAAUAAAAAUGUUUUCUGUCAGAUUAAGA